ACGGCCAAUCCGCAACCUCCGCCAUUAUACUUUCUCUGUACCUUUUGCUCUACUGUACAACCGUCAUUUUCUCCGAUGGCGCACGAUAGCCAGCUGCCGGUCGACGGGGAAGGCGUCUGCAUGCGCUGCAAGGUGACGCCGGAGAAGGACGAUACGAUCGUCUGCGCCACGUGCGCCACUCCCUGGCACCUGGCAUGCCUAGCCGCGCUGCCGGACACCAUGAAAUCUGACUCUGACUUCCAGUGUCCCGACUGCACCGGAACUGGGAUUUCUGGGCCUCCGGAGAGGGAUCCUGCCGACGGCAGUGGCCUCGUGGAUAAGAUUCUUGCAAUUGAGGCCAAUGAGUCGCUGACCGACCGGGAGAAAGCGAGGAGAAGACAAGAGCUGCUUAGUGGGAAAUCUGGUGAGAAUGGAGAUGAUAAGGAGAAGGGAGAGCGGUUCGAUGUGCUCGCCGUGCUUGGUGAGAGCAUCAAAUGCUCCUUCUGCAUGCAGCUCCCGGACAGGCCUGUCACGACACCUUGUGGGCACAAUUUUUGUUUGAAGUGCUUCCAGAAAUGGAUUGGCCAAGGAAAGAGAACUUGUGCCAAAUGCCGCCGCAAAUUUCCUCCCGAGUUGGUGAGCCAGCCGCGCAUUAACUCAACCCUUGUAGCUGCCAUUAGGAUGGCCAAGGUUUCACGAACAAUUGCCACGGGUGUUCCUCAGUCAGUCUACCAUUAUAUAUGUAACCAAGAUCGUCCAGAUAACCCUUUUACCACAGAUAGGGCAAAGAAAAAUGGGAUGGCAAAUGCAAGCAGUGGGAGGACAUUUGUUACUGUCCCUAAAGAUCAUUUUGGGCCUAUCCCAGCAGAAAAUGAUCCAGAAAGAAAUCAAGGCGUCUUAGUGGGAGAGUCUUGGAAGUUUCGCGUGGAAUGCUGCCAGUGGGGUGUGCAUCGCCCCCCUGUUGCUGGAAUUGCUGGGCAAUCAAAGUAUGGGGCGCAAUCAGUUGUACUAUCUGGAGGUUAUGAAGAUGAUGAGGAUCAUGGAGAAUGGUUCUUGUACACAGGAAGUGGAGGGAGAGAUUUAAGUGGCAACAAACGAACCAACAAGAACCAAUCAUUUGAUCAGAUAUUUGAGAACCUUAAUCAAGCUUUGCUAGUGAGCUGUCAAAAAGGAUAUCCAGUUCGUGUAGUGAGAUCCGAAAAAGAGAAGCGUUCUUCUUAUGCACCAGACAAAUAUUUGCGCUAUGACGGUGUCUAUAGGAUCGAGAAGUGCUGGAGAAAAAUAGGAAAUCAGGGAUUUAAGAUGUGCAGGUACUUGUUUGUUAGAUGUGAUAAUGAACCGGCACCUUGGACGAGUGAUGACCAUGGAGAUCUCCCAAGGCCUCUGCCAGACAUUCCUGAGCUUGGAGACGCAGUUGAUAUUUUUGAGAGGAAAGAAAGUCCAUCAUGGGACUAUGAUGAAGUGGAAAGACGAUGGAGAUGGAAGAAGGCACCACCUUCUAGUAGACAGAAACAAGUUGUUGAAGGCAAUCCUGAGGACCGAAAAAGGGCAAGGAAGGCAAUUAAGAGAGCUCAGCAUCAAUCCAUCAAAGAAAAACUUUUGAAAGGAUUCAGCUGCCUGCUUUGUAGCAAUGUAUUGAAUGUACCACUCACCACACCUUGUGCUCAUAACUUCUGCAAGGCUUGCCUGGAGGGCACAUUUGAAGGCCAAACAUUCACAAGAGAAAGGGCAUGCCAGAAUGGAAGGAAGCUACGCGCCCAAAAGAAUAUUAUGAAAUGCCCUGUUUGCCCUGUCGACAUUUCCGAGUUCCUACAGAAUCCCUUGGUUAAUAGGGAAGUCAUGGAUGCCAUAGAGAAACUUCAAAGUUCUGCUGCAUUCGAGGAUGAUGAGUGUGACACAGAAUGGUCUUCUGGGGAGGGUGCAAAUGCGCCGGAGAACAGUUUGCCCGGCGUAGAAACAUUGGCUGCUGAAAAGGUGCUCACAAAUACUUCAAAGGAGGAGUGUGGCAAUGAGCAGAAGAAGCCUCCGAAGAGACGUAAAACGGAUGCUGUGGAAAUCUCAAGCACUUGUGAUAGUCAUGUUGCAAAUAACACCAAUGGCAACCUAUGAUAGUCUUGUUACAAAUCCAAUUGAAACAAGGUAUGGUUAUUGAAUUGUAAUCUUUGACCCAAUUUUCAUAACACAUUUGGUGUGUAUUUUAUCUUUAGUCAAGUGAAAUUCAAUUACUGUUCAUGCUAUUAAUUGCCUUGUAGACAUCUAACGUCAAGAAUGAAUAAAUGGUAUAUAAAUGAAAUCUGAAACCUAAAUAAAAUUGACUCUUUGGAAAUUAAAAAUAAAAGACAGGAACAUAG